AUGUCUGCACUCAGAGCUCCGCAACAGGCAGAGUCUGCCAUGAAGAGAGAAGAAGAGGUUGAGGUGAGCGAAGACGAGGAGGAGGACAGUGAAACCGAAGAGAGUGAAGAGGAAGCAGAAGGACAACUGAGUUUCGCACGGAUUGGUGUUCGAGUGGUCCAGGAAGAAGAAGAGGAGGAAGAAGAAGAUGGGGACGAAGAAGAUGAGGAGGAGCGGGAAGAUGCGCGCUCGUUGGCACGCGUUGCCUCGUUUCCUUCUGUGAUGGGACCGGACGAUAAAGGUCUCAAACGUGCCACACAAUUGCAAUACUUACGAGAGGAAUACAAUAUUGUUGAAACGUAUGAAUUUGGUCGUCGUUGCAUUCAUCAAGCCAGUUCACUCUUUCCCGAUUACUACCUCUGCUUAUCAUUUAAUCCUCGUGAUGGCAAUUAUGUGUUGGUUGUGGAUAUAACCAAAUUGCCCAUGACUGCCUUUCGGAAAAAUCCCGAUGCCUUGACCACCAAAGUCCGUGAAAUUUUUUUCAUGCUCAACAUUUUGUCGCCCGAUUUUGAGGCCAUUCGACGGGGGACCAUCUGCAUGGCCGAAUGUGAAGGAUACACACUCCAACACGACAUUGGUGUCGGGAUUUGGAGACACAUCUGGGAAAUGGUUGUACCCUAUCCAGUCAAGUUGCAGAAAAUCAAGCACUUUCAUACCAGUGCCAUGUGCAAUGUUGUCGUCAGUAUGGUACGACAGUUCCUACCCCUGUCCAUCAAAGAAAAGUUCGAAAUUGGGUGUAUCUGUGAAGCAGGACGACUGGAUAGGGUCUAUCUCACGCCCAAUAAAGAAGUGGCACGAAAACGGACACUCUCUCGACUCGAAGAUGCACUUCAGCGACGAUACACCAAUGAAGCGUCUUUCAAAUUGUAA